UCAUCACGUACUCCUGGAUCAGGCCGCCAACUCCCAAAGUUGCUUGAACUCCUUUGGCCCUUUGCUCAUCUCCUGCAGUCAGUCAUUGGGAUCAUAACAACCCGACGACAGCCAAUAAUGGCCAUGCUCCGGAGAAUGCUUGCCAUUGGGUACUCAUAAGCACUCGUCGAAAAGUCAUGAGGUCACGCGAAACUGUGCGAGACCCGACCACGAGCGGACCAACGCUAGGCCAGAGCGACUUCUGUGAGGGCAGCUUGUGUACGAGUAUGUCGACAACAAGGAACAUAUGAAGAGAUUGAGCAAGCACCAUCCGUCUCGGGUUUGAGCAUGUAGGCAAAGGCAGCCGUGAUGACGGCUUGACGGAAUCGAGAAUUGAACCGAAACACCGACCGUCCGACCGUCCGCCUUCGUAUUCGCAUUGGAGCGUGGUGAAGUAUAUCAAGCACAUAUCCGGCGAAAGAGGUUGAAGCAUUGCUGUACACCAGCCUGAACUCAUUGCGGAUUCAGGGAGUCAUCUGCAACAUGUCACCACCGGCUGUAAUGAGAGCAUGGCAGUAUUCAAGCACCAAGGGUAGUCUAGAGAAGAACCUCCGCCUCAACACAUCUGCUCCGGUCCCCCAGCCUUCUCCCAACCUGCAUCUGGUACAGGUGCUGGCAACAGCACUCAAUCCUGUUGACUACAAGCCUGCUGAGAUUCGGCUUCUGAGUCACUUCGCUAUUCCCAAGCCAGCAACUCCUGGUAUUGAUUUCGCGGGAUAUCUGGUCACCCCUGCCACUGGAUCGGUCCUGAAACCUGGUCAACUUGUCUUCGGCGCGUCGGGAACGUCGUACUUGGCCGGAGGUGCCUUGGCCGAAUACGCGGUCACGAAAGAAGAUCAAAUCGUUGCUAUUCCAGACGGCUUGGAUCCAAUUUCGGCAUCGACAAUCUGUGUGGCGGGACUAACAGCUCACCAAUCGAUCGUACCAUACGUCAAGGCGGGAGAUAAGAUAUUCAUCAACGGCGGCUCAGGCGGGACAGGAGUCUUUGGCAUCCAGAUUGCGAAAGCCGUCGGGUGCAAUGUCACGACCACAUGUUCUAGCGUCAACAUUGAACUCUGCAAAAGCCUGGGCGCGGACUCCGUUAUCGACUACAAGAAGCAGAACGUGCUCGAAGCGUUGAAGGCCAGCGGACACCAGUUUGAUCACGUCGUCGACAACAUCGGCGCGAACUUUGAGCUCUACUGGAAAUGCCACGAAUACACGCGACCUGGGGCCUUGUUCAUGGUCGUCGGGGCGCCGAUCUCGCGAGCCUUCGUCGUGGACGCCAUCCUGAGGAAGUUAUGGCCUGCCUUUCUCGGAGGCGGAAAGCGGCAAGCGGUCAGUUUUUUCCCCAAGGCGAAGCCUGCAGAUAUAGAAAGCAUCGCCCGCUGGAUGAAAGAAGGGAAGGUGAGGCCCGUGAUUGACGAGCAGUUCACCUUUGAGCACGCUCCUCAGGCGAUUGAGAAACUAAAAACGGGCCGAGCAAGGGGGAAGAUUGUGGUUGAGGUGUCCUCGUCUGGUUCAAAAUGAGAUUCCAGGACUCCUUUUGGCACAAAUAUAUGGCCUCUAUCCGUUUUUGCAACCCG